GAGAAAAAUACCUUUCACAAUUAUUAUUUUUAUUUGAUCUUUCUCUGUGCAAAACCAGAGAAAUUGAUGAGAAGGAGAAGAAAAAGAAAAGAUGGCGUGCAAGUGUGGAGGCUACUACUACACUUUGAACGCAAAAGCGAGCUUCGAUCGCGACUUGACCAAAACGAGGAAGUUUCAUCUCCGGAACGUUUCGGUGAUCCGCAUCUUCACCAGCGGCUUCUUCCGCAGUAAAUGGCGAUCCAUUGCCGGUAAACGUCGCAUCUUGAGCAUGGACGCUCGAGAGAAAUCGAGAUCAACGAUAUUGGAAUCAUCAAAAGAUAAGAGGGUGCCUAUUUUUGUAAUGAUGCCUGUGGAUAUAUUCACUCUUGAUGCCUCUGGGUGUCUGAGGAUUAGAAAACUCAAGGCCUUAACUGUAUCUCUAAAAGCACUCAAGUUGGCAGGUGUUCAUGGAAUUGGAAUUGAAGUCUGGUGGGGAAUAGUGGAGCGUUUUUCACCUUUUGGCUAUGAUUGGUCUCUGUAUGAAGAACUUUUUAAAUUGGUUUCUGAUUCAGGGUUGAAGUUGCAUGUUGCUUUGUCUUUUCACUCAAAUAUUCACUUGUCUACUGGAAAAGGGGGUUUGAGUCUUCCACUGUGGAUUUUGGAGAUUGGUGAUGUAAAUAAAGAUAUAUAUUAUAGAGAUCAACAUGGGUUCUCCAACAAUGAUUAUCUCACACUUGGGGUGGAUCACAUUCCUCUGUUAUCUGGCCGGACUGCGCUCCAGUGUUAUGAAGAUUUCAUGCUUAGUUUUGUUAACAAAUUUGAAUCCUUUAUUGGAAAUGUAAUUGAAGAAAUAAGCAUUGGUCUUGGUCCAUCUGGAGAACUUAGGUAUCCUGCUCAUCCUUUUGGUGACGGUAGAUGGAAAUUUCCUGGCAUUGGUGAAUUCCAGUGCUAUGAUAAGUACAUGAUGGAGGACUUAAAGAUGGCUGCAUGCCGAGAAGGAAAGCCUCAAUGGGGGGACAAAGGGCCACAGAAUGCUGGUUGUUACAACAGCGUUCCAUCAGGGGUGCCAUUCUUUGAAGAGGGAAAGGAGAACUUUCUAUCUGAUUAUGGCCGUUUCUUCCUGGAAUGGUACAGUGGUAGGCUAAUUUGUCAUGCAGAUGCCAUUCUUGCGAAAGCUGCAAAGAUACUGAAAAAAUACCAAGAAAAUGAGCAAACUUCUGUUGUGUUGGUGGCUAAAAUUGGUGGAAUUUAUUGGUGGUACCAGACUCUAUCACACCCUGCUGAACUUACUGCUGGUUACUACAACACUGCCCUCAGAGAUGGCUAUGAUCCAGUCUUCUCAGUGUUGUCUCGCCAUGGAGCUGCUUUGCAUAUUCCCUUACCUUGCAGCUGCUUAGAGAUGAUGGACAGUGAAACCCCACCAACCUAUCUCUGCAGUCCUGAAGGAUUACUGAACCAGAUGCAGUCUGUUUCAAAGAAAAGGAUAGUUAACUUGAUUGGAAGAAAUACAACCGAACGACUUGACAAGACUGGACUAUGGAAAAUCCGUUUGAACUGUUACAAUCCCCAAGCAGAAGUUGUAAGGUCAUUUACUUAUUUCAGAAUGACUGAUAGUAUAUUUAGGGUUGAAAAUUGGAAUAACUUUGUACCUUUUGUCAGAAUGAUGAGCACCGAUUUGUAAUAUCCUGUUUCAAACUCACGAUUUUACUAAGCUCA